GCUUGGGCGCAUGCGCAGCAGGCUGCGUUGGUGUCCCUGGCCUUGCCUCUGUAACCCGUGCCUGAGCCGGGCCGUUCCCAUGUGGACCGGGGGGGGGGGAGGAACCUGCUGAAUGUCCCCACCGGAGACUGGCAGCAGGCGGCGGAGGGGCGCAGUGCUGUCAGCGAUGUCACUUAACUUGGAUUCUGAAGAUGACUUCUGUUUGGAAGAAAAUAGAUUCAAGCAGUAUUGUGCAGAGUUCAUUAAACAUUCACAGCAAAUAGGAGAUGAUUGGGAGUGGAAAAGUAUAAAGGACUUUCCUGAUGGUUAUAUGAGUAAAACACACUUCCAAAUGAAAAAUGGAAAUACCUCAUCAAUUUUCAAGGACAGCACUAAGGAGAGUGAUGAGCAAAUACUGACACACGUUGAGGAAGCCCUGGAUGAUUCUCAAGUAGCUGGAAUCUGUGCAACAUCAGAAGUGAUUCGUUAUGAGUAUCAUGUCGUGUAUUCCAGCAGCUACCAAGUACCAGUGCUUUACUUUAGGGCAUGCUUUUUAGAUGGAAGACCUUUAACUCUGGAUGAAAUUUGGGAAGGGGUUCAUGAAUGCUACCGGGCUCGUCUACUGGAGGGGCCUUGGGACACCAUUACACAACAGGAGCACCCAUUACUUGGUCAACCAUUCUUUGUCCUUCAUCCCUGCCGGACUAAUGAAUUCAUGGCUCCUGUAUUGGCUAAUUCACGAAGAGAGAACAGGAAUAUAAACUACAUUACAUCAUGGCUGAGUAUUGUAGGCCCAGUUGUGGGGCUAAAUCUACCUCUGAGUUAUGCAAAACUAGUGUCUGAACAGAAUACAAAAGCAGAUUAAAUCUAAAGGCAUAGCAGACUUGUUGAUAAUACCCCUUCCAGUCAUGACUAUUCUAUACUAUUGACCUGAGAUAAUCAUUGUUCCUAAGAUUACAAGUUCCACAAAACACUGCCCUGGAGCAUUACUGUGAGUACGGUCUUUCUGUCCAUGUGACAGCAUUAGAUAAAUUAACUCAUGGAAUAUAAUUAAAGACAAAGGAAGUUCAACUUGUAUAAUUUAUUAAUGCAGUUACUCAUAUGAGGCCACACCUCACCAGUCUCAAGUUAUGCUAGCUAAGUAUGAAGUUAGUCCAACAGAAUGGACCCUCACCACCCUUCUGUUCAGUCAAAGUUCCUUUACAGACCUGAUUUUUUCUGUUUCAUCCAAGCGUUACAAAGAAAUGGGGUUGUCAUGUGGACUGAGAAAUCGACAUUCAGUUCCUUUUAGACGCAACAGUCCCCAUUGUACAACAUAGUUUUUCCUCUUUCAUUUAUCAUUGUAAAGAAGACCCAGGAUGAUUUGGAAAAAGCAUGGCACAUUGUCUUUGAUUUCAGAUCUGUCCUUGAAGAGGUAAGCCCAGGCACAUGCCACAUGGGUAGCUGCACCGGUGACUUUUUUUUUCAGUACAUUCUUCCCACUAUACUUCCAGGAGCACUCUUUGCCAAUAACACCCUAUGCCUGCUUUGAAAGGCAAACUGUUUCCAGUUUCUGAAGCCCAUUCAUGUCCAGCUGAUAAACCCCUUCUAAAUCCCAGCGGAGUAAUAAUGAGCACCUUGCUGCUGCCCUCACAGUUUUUAGAUACUAUGAUAAUAGAUACAAAAUGUUAAGAUAAAUAGGAGGGUUACAGCAACUGGGAGAGUUGGACACAUAGAUGAGUGAUCUGGCAAAACGCAUCAUACAUCUCUUAACUUUGUUUAUUUAGCACGAAUAAACAACUAAAAAUUCAGAUCAUUAAGAUGGUUAGUUCAAAAAUCCUCUGUAUUUUGGCUAAGAUGUCAUCAGUAAUAAAAAACAUUUCGUAUAAGUAAUCUAGUGACCUUCUAAAACAUUUAACACGUUUGCUCACAAAAAUCGUAUCUAAUUUCAAAAUUAGAUCAAUCACCAGUGCUAUAUUUUAUUUUAUUUGGCAAGUACGUUCCAAAACACCUAAGUUUUUGGCAGCAUAGGUUAUUCUUUAAGUUUUGCAAAACUGCUACAGAAGAGUUUUCAAUUAUAAAGCAGUUUUAAAUCUCCUUAAGUUUCUUGUCUGAAAUCUGGAAAGAAAUAUUGAGAAGCCUACUACUGGAGACUCUUUCUUAAAGGAAGCCACCAAUACUUGCCUUUGAUUACAAGAAUCAGAGAAUGUAACCAGCCCCAUGUGCUCAAUUGCAGUUUGCCUUUGGUUUCCUGUAGGAGGCAGGAACACUGUUCUAUAUAUGUAUGCUUCUUUUUUGCAUUCAGGCAUAAUCUGCUCCAGUAGAAAGUUUGGUUUUGCUUUGGUUAUGGAAGAAAUAUUCUUGAGUCAAAUUAUGUUCUCAUUUUCAUCAGUAGUGACUGCACUGAUUUCAGUUUACACUGGACAACAUUAGAACAAGUCAAGUAACGUAAAUUAAUCCCUGUUCUGACUCCGUUGAUUUCAUUGACAUUUUUCCGGGAAUGAAUUUGGGGCAAUAGUUCUUUCCCAGUUAGCACAGCUGUGAUUCAAAGAGUUAUUGUAGACUUUUACAUUUCAACGUAUAUUACACAGAAUUUCAGUCCCAACAAAAAAAUAUUGAGUAACUUCUGUUUCAUUAUAACACAACCUGAAAUGUGAAGUUCCUACUGGCUCCUAUCAUAGAAUAUCAGGGUUGGAAGGGACCUCAGGAGGUCAUCUAGUCCAACCCCUUGCUCCAAGCAGGGCCAAUCCCCAAUUUUUGCCCCAAAUCGCCCCCUCAAGGAUUGAACUCACAACCCUGGGUUUAGCAGGCCAAUGCUCAAACCACUGAACUAUCCCUACCCCCAUUCUGUCAUCUAAAAAGUCUAGCUUUUAUGGUAAUGUGUUAUGUAUCUUGUAAAAGACACAGUUUUUAAAAAUGUUUUUGUGAUUCACCCCCUUAGCAAUAAGAAAGGGAAGUCAUAACAAGUGCUUACCAGCUGGAAGAGAAAGAUACAGCUAGAAGUUCCUACUGCCCACUUUAGGGCUGCAGCUGCUUGACUGCUAAAUUUAAAAGACCAGCUUGAGAAUAGCAUUCUGGGAAAGUACUGCUGGGGAGUGUUAGUGGGAAUAGGAAAGUGCUGUGCUUAUCUCUGUUAGGCCCUAUUUUUCAUUAGGCUGUUACCAAGUUUUGUUUUUUUAAACUCCAAGGUAACUUUCACUUAAGCAUUCAAGGGACUGAUAAAACUGUGACUUACUAGGGAGAAUUUUUAACUGAAGGUUAGAGAGCCAUUCACUUGUUUGAUAAGAGGAUGAUGUUUAUAGAAGAUCUUAUUGAACACCUUUCCCUAUUUUCAAGCCUGUCAGAACACAACCUCCCUUUCUGCAGCACCAGUGGAUUUUUAUGUUGUGGUAACUUUGCUAGAGCAACAUCCUGCGCUUAAUUCACCCUGGAGGGUCAUGUCUGCAGGAGAGCAGGCAGUUCGCUCCUCUGUGGUUGCUCUCCCUAAACCACACCAGCAGGCACUAGAUAGGGGUAGACACAAAUUCAGUGCCUCAUUUGCCCAUGUCCCCUUUUCCUAGUCAUUGCUGGCCAGCUUCAGGCUCAUUGGCAGAGCAGAGUCUGUGCCAGUGGUGUAGCUAGGAGUGGAAAUUUGGGUAGGUCCCAAUUUAUGGUGGAUGGGCAAUGACCAAAGUUCUGAGAUCACAGCAAAUCAUUUAUUUUGCAUAUUACUAUACUAGAUAUAUAUUAUUAUUGCAUAUUAUAUUUAUUUUAAUUCUGGGGGGCCAAGAUUGUAGGAUGCAGAGAAGGAAUUUGAGUGCAGGGAGCCCAGGGACUGAGCUUGCCAGUGGAGACGGGCAAUCCCCACAGCCUUUGGGUUGUCAGGGCUGGGGGUGCUGGUUAGCACCUGUGCAGAGCCAGGCUCACCAACGGGCUGCAGGGCUCCUUGGUGUGCAUGGGGUGGUACCGUUGUCGGCGAAGGCAGGCACGCAGGCAUGUGGACGUCCUGGCUGUGCUGGAAGAGUGCCCAUUAAUAGUUCUGCCCUUGGGCCCAGAAUUGCUGUCGGCAGGCCUGGACUCGGCUGACACCAAAGUUGUUUGGAACCCGGAGAAGUUUGCAGCCCUGGGUGGAGGCAGGGAUGGGGCCAGCUAUGGUGUUCUGCAGAUGGACCAAGAGCCAACUUCUCUUAGCCAAGUCUCCCUGAACCUCAACCACAUGGACAUUGGCUUCUGCAUUCACACAGGCUCAGAUUUGGGUGGGCCUGGGUGCUAAUUGGGUAGGCCGUGUGGUCCACCCAUGCCCACCCCUUGUGAGAAAAUUUUCACCACCAGUGAUCUGCAUUGCUGGGUUACACCGCUGGAAGCUGGCUGAAUCAACCUCCCAUCCCCUCAACUUCAACAUGACACUUUAGUGUACAGCACCUUGAAAUGCAGAGGGAAAAGCUCAUGUUGCUGGCUGUGCUCCAUAUUUGAUGCUUCCUCCACCUCCAGAGCCAACAAGAGCCCAAAGCAGGGUGGCACACUGGUUGAGCAUGUGUGGGAAAAGAUUUGGCAAACUGUAGAAAUGAGCUAAUCCUUUUUCUCUUUGCACCUGAUCCAAAAUAAAAUCCUGAACUGUUACUAGUAGAUUAUAGCCAAGCUUUACUUGGCCCGGGGAAGAUUGAGCCAGAUGCUGGAGAUACUGUUCUCCAAGUAUCAUAAGGUUCAUUCUCUCACAUCCUAAAGUUAGCUGUCACUUGCCUACUGUGGUCAACCAUCUGCUUUAAUAUUUAUAUAUGCCCUGCUUUAUGAAGCAGGAACAUUGACUAGUGUUGAUGAAAGAAUCACACAGCAAAGCGGAACUAGUUCUUUCUUCUCCAGGCUCCUCUCUGCUGUAUUUCUAUUGAUUUCUGGUUUGGGGGAUUUGGCUUUUAUAGCGGGUGGUUGUAAGAUUUAUAAAGUGAAAAGCCAUUUGUAUAGGAAGGUCAAAUAUCUGAGUUACUCUUUAAGUUAUUUGGGCUUUGACUUCCUUUCCAGAGCAUCUUUUAUUCCAAAUAACACAAGUCAGAGCUCCUCCAAGCUGGUAGAAUACACAAAUGUGUUCUCUGGACAAAUCCUGACGCCAUUUGCUGACUCACCCUUUUGACGUGUCGGUUUAGUCUGUAUAACCUAAUAGCAUGGGUUCAUUAAACAAAUUAAAAUUCAACUUGAAA